AUGUCGAGAGGUAUAGCAAAGCUCUUUCUCAGGAAGUUUGAAAGAGUGCCCGAGCUGCAUCAGUCUAACCCGGAAAUCGGAGAAGUACUCCAGAUGUCUGAAGAGGGCACCAACCGAAAGAUCUUCUAUCUGGUUACCAAGAAAGCUUCAUAUCAGAAACCGAAUUACGAGGAUGCCUGGAACGCUUUGUGUUCUCUUAGGGAAGUGUUGCUUGCCGAGGACCUAAGAAAACUGGCAAUACCUAAGCUGGCAUGA